AUGUUAUGCUUUUCACUGGGUGUCAAUACGAUGUAUCAGGCUUAUACGGGAAAUCGAGUGCAAACGGCUGAUGGUAGUGUCACCCAGAUGAAAGAAACUUACUCCAGUCUGGGAAUAACAUUUCGCAAUUUAUAUUGGUCCUUUUACGGUUAUCUGGCUCCAUGGGACUAUCAGCUAAUUGUGGGAAAUGCUGGCCCCAAUCAGGAACCAACCGAACAUGCAAUCACGAAUUAUAUCGGAGAAGUGACAAUUGCUGCAUUUCAUAUUGCCGUUGUGAUUACACUGCUAAAUCUUAUGAUUUCUAUGUUAGUUCGAACAGCAGAUGAUGUCCUGAAAAACGAGGAUCUGGAAUGGAAAUUUACUCGGUGUCAUAUCUAUUUGGAGUACUUUGAAUGGUACACUGCUAUACCACCACCAUUUAAUCUGCUUUACAACACUGCAAGCAUGAUACGUAUGACAAUUUCGAGCGACUACCAAUUUGUUAUUCCUGUAGGGAUUUACACUGUUCUAUCUUUCAAUUUCAACUAGCU